CAGCGUGUAUGUGUAAUCGUGUUGGUGUCGGUUGUGUAGUGUAAAAUUAAAAAAAAAUUCUAAUAAGUGUAUUAAUGGAUUCUGUCAUCAAGCAUUUCUAAGACAACAUUAAUAAUAACCCUUAAUUACUUUAAGUAGUUAAGUAUACUUCAAGUAAUAAUAACGAGGGUAAUGAAACCCACCUGAGCAAACCAACAACCACACCAGUUAAAACAACAACCACAACAGCGCUCGCUGUUUCGAGGAAUUAAAUUUCUUUAAUAAAAUGAUUGACAAAAGUGAAACUUUGGAAUGUGAGAGAAAAAGUGAGAAGUUUAUAGAUUUGGACCAUGUCCUGGUUAACGAGUUGGGGCAGUUUGGGCGUUUUCAAUUCAAAUACAUCUGCCUCAUUGCACUGCCAAUCAUGAGCUCGGCUUUCUUCAGUGACUAUGUCUUCAUAGCAGCAACAGUACCGCACAGAUGUCGGAUUUUUGAAUGCGGCGAGAUAAAUAAGAGUGCCGCUUUCCGCCCAGAGUGGAUCACCAACGCAGUGCCGGUCACUUCUGGGGGUUCUAUGCUUUCCAGUUGCGAAAGAUAUGCACCUGCAGGCACUGGCUCUAAUGGCUCUUCGCUGCACUGUCCCAUAGAUCUGUUCAAUCAUUCAGAUACCCAGAAAUGCGAUGCAUUUGUGUACGAGAGAGACACUUCUGUCGUAUAUGACUUUGAUCUCGGAUGUGAGGAGUGGCUCAGAACUCUUGCAGGAACCAUAAGUAGCCUUGGAACGUUACUAGUUCUACCUUUCAUCGGUUACAUUUCUGACCAUUAUGGACGACGCAUGGCUCUGCUCGUCAGCAUCUUCAAUACGGCUGUCGUAGGAGUAUUGAAGGCUUUUUCCGUAAACUAUACAAUGUUUUUGACCGUGCAACUACUAGAAACAACGUUAGGCGGUGGAUUGUUUAGCGCUGCCUAUAUUUUUGCCGCAGAGUUAGUUGGCCCCAAGUUCCGAGUUUUCGCCUCCGCUACAUGUUCCUCAAUGUUCGCCACUGGUCAGGUAGUCCUCGGUGCCGCGGCCUGGCUUGUCCAGCCUUGGCGGACCUUGGUACUAUCUCUCUACAUCCCGGUCUUCCUUCUCUUAUCUUAUUACUGGGUAUUCUCGGAAAGUAUCAGGUGGCUUUUAUCAAAAAAAAGGUAUGCUGAAGCUAGAAUAGCGCUGGAAAAUGUUGCGACUGUUAACAGAACCGAAAUUAGCGAGAAAUCUAUGAAUGCAUUGAUGAAUCCUCCCGCCAAACCGGAAAAAGACGAGAAUCCCAGUCUGACGAAAUCAAUAUUACGAUCCCCUGUUCUGCUCAGACGUGUUUGUACGACUCCUGUGUGGUGGAUUACAACGACCUUUGUCUACUACGGCCUAUCAAUUAACUCAACAAGCCUGUCGAAAACCGUGUAUUUAAAUUAUAUCCUGACAGUUGCAAUAGAAAUACCAGGCUUUUACACGGCCGUGCUCACAUUGGAUAGAUUCGGGAGAAAGAUGACGCUUUGUAGCGGCUUCUUCUUUAGUGCAGCCUGUAACUUAGCGUUUGUUUUUAUACCGGCAGAGUUGUCUGCCUUCCGCAUGGUGGUGUACUUAGCGGGUAAAUUCGGUAUCUCACUGGUGUUCACAUCUUUGUACCUCUACACGUCAGAGCUCUACCCCACCGAGUUUAGACAUAGUCUUUUAGGGUUUUCUUCAAUGAUCGGUAGAAUUGGGUCUGUUUGUGCUCCGCUUACACCAUUACUUACUAACCUUUGGCUCGGUUUGCCAAACACAAUAUUCGCUAUUUUGGGAUUGAUAUCUGGUGUUCUAGUUCUAACGCAACCAGAGACACUUGGAACAAAACUACCAGAUACUCUCGAGGAAGCUGAAGAUAUCGGAAAGAUAAAGGCGUAAAAGAUUAAACUUUUAAAAGUGGAAGUACAAGGUUUUCAUACCAAAUUUAAGUUUACCUAUUUAAUGUAUUUAUUGUGCGUAAAAUAUAAGACAUUUUGUAUAUAUAUAUACGUACUAAUUAGAAGUUUUAAACACAAAUAUCUUUUGUACAUAUAUAUUUAGCAAAUUAAAGUUAAAAGGACAAUGGGUACAGAAGUUGCCUACCCAUUUUAUUUAAGAUAGAAAAUCAUUGUUUUAUUUUUUAAAUCAGAUAUAUCUGGUCUCAAGUAAACGGCUUAGAUGUGCAGGUGUACAACCACCUAGUGAAGGAGAUGUAGGAAAUGAAACAUAAUCGUAGCUAAUAGUUAUUGCGCGCGGGAAGAACGACCGACGCUUCCGAUUGUGGCUAGGCUAUACAAAGUGUGUGGUUUACAUAAACCCCUACAAUAUAAAUAUAAAAAACGUUUUACCUUUGUGCGUAUGUAAAUACUUGUCAAAUUUGUUUCAAUACUGUCUAAAUAAUGUAUGUAAUACUGAUACUAAUAUUGAUGACUAUAUCUAUCCCGUAGGUAGUAAUGCGUUACUAAAUAAAGUUACAUUAUCACUACAAAACAAAACAUCUGUCGAAAUUAAUCUGGAACUGUAUAGGAAGAAAACAUUUUGUAG